UCGCGGCGGCGAUCGAUUCCGACCGCGCGUGGAGCACGUUCUGUUCCCUUUCCCUUUCCUGCUAGUUUCUAUUUUGGGAAAACCCACUCGACCACCGCAUCUUAUCCUAUCCCCUGCGCCUCGCCUCCCUACUCUGCCCUGCCGCUUCCCCUCCUCACCGGCCGCUCCUUCCUCGCGGCAGCCCACUAUCCCCGGCGCCUCGCCUCCCUACUCUGCCCUGCCGCUUCCCCUCCUCGCCGGCGGCUCCUCCCUAGCGGCAGCGACCAAUACGGCGAGACGACGCGGCCCCACGAGUGCCGGCGAGGUCAGCGGUGAAUACGGCGAGGCGCCGCAGCCGCACGAGCCCCCGCGACGUCAACGGCGAAUAGGGCAAGGCGCCGCGGCCGCACGAGCGGCGGCGAGGUCAGCAGUGAAUACGGCGAGGCGCCGCGUCCGCACGGGCGGCAGGGGCCAAGGCGGACCGGCCGCACAGCCGCCGCGAUGUCCAGGGGCGGAAGCGGCCAAUACGGCGAGGCGGUGUUUGUCCGGCGGCCGUACGUCCUCAUGCUUGGGCUCGACCUCCCGCUGUGCGUCCCCACCGGCAUCACCAAGCUUCCCAGCCGCGUCCGCGUCGGCUCCGAGGAUGUCCCGAUUUGACAGGGAGCAGCACAUGGAUGUCGAUUUUUUGGCACCUCUGCUAUCAUGAAACUAGUAUGGAUAGGUUCAGGCACACCUUUGCUCAUUUUCAGCAUGAGGAGGAAGAAGAUGAUUUAAUUUCUUUGAGGGUAAGGAUGAUGAUGCUGAUAGUCCAUAUGUUGAAGCCCUGCUGACACAGCAGCCUAAGAAUGUCGGAAGUGCAUCGUUCUGUGAUGAUUCUGCCAACAAACAAAGGAAGAACAAGGAAGAAGAGAAUUCUUGUCCUGUUGCAGUGCAGUUGCCAUCUGAAGAAGGCGAUCAAGAGCUGAAGCAACAUGGAGCAUCCCGGCCAUCCUUGAAUUCUCCUGGCAACAGGAGGCACAGGCGCAGAGGUAACAGAAAGAAGGGGGAAGAUGGUUCUGCUUCGAGUCCUAUUGAAGCUCAUGUGCCAUCUAAAAAAACGAAGCAAAACAAGUCAAAUUCUCCUGGCAAUAGAAGGCACAGGCGUCGUGGUAACAGCAAGGAGUUGCAUGAUUCUGCUCUGAGUCCUGAUGAAGCUCAUGUGCCAUCUGAAAAAGGGAAGCAAAAGAAGAAGUGGAAUUCUCUUGGCAACAGAAGGACCAAAAGUCCUGGUAACAGGAAGAAGUCAAAUUCUCCUGGCAACAGAAGGACCAACAGUCCUGGUAACAGGAAGAAGGAAGAAGAUGAUUUAAUUUCUUUGAAAGGACUAAUCCUGUGAGGAUGCUGUACAAGAAAAUAGGAGCAAUAUGGAUCUCAAAACUGAAGAAAAGCAGGCCACCUUAGUGGCUCUGUGCUCAGAAAAGAGGAUUGCUUACUGUUUCACAAAAAUAGGAUUUUUCUAAGCCAUCCUCUGUCUAUUAGACCUUUUUCUAAGCCAGUCAAAAUUACCAGGAUAAAAUCAGGGAUUAAAUGAGCGUUGGUUUGAACUCGACAAAUAUAUUUUAUCAGUUAACCAUGUUAUGUAGCUACUGCAUUGUCUUGCCGAUAAUCGUCUUCACACACUAGAUAUCAAUUUAUAUGUGUGAUUUCAUUUGAAUCUCGUAAGCCAUAAAAUUAUUUUUGGCAUCAUCUGGUAGCCGGAAAAAUGUUUAGUGUUUACUCACUCAAUGUGGGUUGGGUCCUAUCUUGCUUUUGUUUACUAUACUCCUACUUGUUUAUGUUAGCAAUUAGAAAACCUAAGAUUUAGGGCCCAAAUCCAGGCCCCAUGACUAAUUUGUUAAUGCAUUAACCAAAUGUGAAAUGUGGCAGCAUCAGCAUGAGUAUCGGGGGCCAUCCUCCUUGGAAUUUUGUCACUCUGUUUUUCUUGCUGGUCAAAGUGCGAGUACUGACAGGGGUUUUUGUUCUUAGAUUUGGCCACCGGAGCGGAUUGGUUCGAUUGGUUCAAAGGAGUAGGACACGGAGCGUGGCCUCCGAACAUUCAGCAAAACAGGGACAUUGUGAAUUUACUAGAUUGCGACAAGUCUACACAGGGAAUAGGCCGAGUUUGCAAUGAGCAGCUUGCAGAGCUACUAUGGCCUGAGUUCUCAAAGAGGAGAUGGCAUGGAUUUAAGUACAUUAAUGUCCUUGUACAGCAAGGGAAGCUCCCAAGGUAUUGGAAGUGAAAUACUCCCAAAUUCUUCUUCUCCGCCUGACAGUACACAAAGCAUUGGAAGAGGCAACUGGGCGACCAAAGAAUUAGUUCAUUGGUUCCAUACGCCAUGGCAGAAAGUGGAGGCCGAUCCCCAGGAUGACCCUUUCUGCCGGAUUCAAUUAAGAUGACGAAAAGUUUUUUGCCAAGGCCUUUUUUCCAGUAUGCGUUUGAAUAUGGACACAGACUCAAAGAACGGUGGGAUCUUUAUGUGGUCGGGCUCCAAGUGGACCUUCAACCAUGAGUCCUUCACCUGUCCGUUGCUCGACGGUCUGCCCAAACCUGUGCCGGGUCGUAGGAUGAAAGCUGCUUUUACUAAGUUCUACUCAAUGUAGCGGCGCAAUAGGAGUUAUUUUUGUAUUACCGCUCUGCUAUUGCAAGCUUCGUCUGGAUCUGUUAUGUCAUCCAUAUGAGCUAAGUUGAGAGGGAAAUGGAAGAGGAGGCUUGGUUCGACAUGAUCUUCUGUCACGUCAAUCCUUGUUCCUCAGAGCGGCGAUCACACAACGGAUGGGAUUAUGGAGUCGUCAAACGACAUUACAGUUGCAUCAAACGUAUCUAAGCAAUGUUUUGCUCUCAGCAAGGGUGCUUCGCUGUAUCAAUGACGAGCCAUCCUUACCUAGCUAUGUGCUCGACAACUGCAGCCAAGAUCGCUUCCUCUCUUCUUUCCCCCCACCCCCCCAAAUUUUUUUGGCUCUGUGUGUGAUGGGAAAGGGGGCUGGGCGAUGACACGUGAUGGGAUCGCCAAGAUUGUAGCAAGGGGAGAGGGGAAUCAAGCUAAUUGUCUAAAGAUCCGCCCCUCCCCCAAGAAAAGUUUCGGCCGGUGCAAAGAAUCACGACCUGAAUUUGAUCCCGAUUUCUCUCUCUAAUCACGGGGGGUUAGGGGUUUCUGAGGUUGAAGACGAUGUGGUUCUUUUCAGAUUUAUCCCCAUAGUUUAUUUUUAUUCUAUAUCACCUAUCUGGACGGCGCGGAAGGACUAAAAGGUCCAAAUUGACUAGCGCACAGCGUCGGCUUCUCCCGUCAGCGGAUCCACAGGCGGGGCAACAACAACCAAAUCCGGUGGGCGGACGGGGAACUUGAGGACGGAGGAUGGCGGUGGAGUUCCCCAUCACCUUGCGGGAGCUCUACAGGAACGCCAUCACGAACUGAAUUUGGCAUUAGGAGUUGCUAAUAACUCGAAGGGAACAAGGAAAUUGUUGGCUUUCUUCAAUACAUCCAACCAAUAGAUUUUUAUAUCAACCAUGGCUGAGCAGGCAAGAGCAGAUUUUGCAACAAAGCUCUCACUACGGAAAUUCAUGGCGACGGCGCAGCGUGUAACUCUAGAUCAAAGGCAGCUUGCCCGUAGCAUGGGCCUGGAUCAUCUGCUUGACCUAAAAUGUGAUACUCUGCCGCGCGGUGUCGUUCAUUAUCUGGCAUCAAACUUUGAUGUACCCUCAAGGGCUAUUGAACUCCCCAAUGGGUUCAAGUUCACAAUCACACCCUACUGCAUACACCAGGUCCUGGGGAUACCACUUGGCAGCAGAACCAUAGAGAAGAAGCAAAACCCAGCACUUAGAUCACUGAUUGCUCAACAGACAAAAUGCAAAGGAAACUACCCAACCAUAAACGAGCUGGAUAACUUGAUACAACCUGGGCUAGAUGGAGAUUCAUUCAAAAGGAUUUUCACAAUGUAUGCGCUCACCGUGCUCCUCUGCCCUUCAAGCCAUGGGGCUGCUAGUCCAGAUUACUACCACAUUCUGGAAGACCCUGAACAGAUUGGCUCAUUCGACUUCUGCAUGGCUGUCCUUGACAAGCUUGUGGCGUCAAUUGAUAGCUACAAGGCUGGAGCCACAACGGUGCUCGGCGGGGAUAUCUUAACACUCAGAUCAUAUACUUUGAAUUUCUUGACACCGACAUCAUGCCGGUCACAAGCAAGCGGCCACGGAUUUCACUUUGGACGUCUGAAAUUGUAGCAGAAUAUGAAAGGCGGGACUGCACAAGCAGCGAUAAAUUGCUUUACGGCAAGCUCCCGACAAAGCGUGUCUCGGAAACACCCUUCGGUCAAAUCAACAGACAGCCAAAAGUCACACUAGGUGCCUCGUAUGAUGAACUCCUGCAGUUCACCCUCUCAAUUGUUCCAGAGGAAAACCACCAGAUGGUUUUAGACGAGCUUCCAAAGAUUAUGCAUAGCAUGCAGAGCGAGCUUUUUGAUUCAAUGCAAAAUGUACUCGCCAAGAACUUUAUGAACCUGCUGAAACUGAUGUCGUCAAUGCAUUCUUCAUCACCUAGCAAAAAACAGAAUAGCACAGACAAAGAUUCAAGUUGCGUGCCCAUUUCAGAGGCUCCGACGGUUCCUUGUGGUAGCCACUCCAGCUUGCAAAUGACAAGUACCACACUGGCUGAAAGAAAACAGGAUAAGCCUGAAGCAAAAACAGGGGCAGAAUGUGGCUCAGGGCAGGAAACAGAGCACGUUUUUACAGCUGAAGAAACAAAGCCAUUGUCUGAAGUACAAAGGAAGAACAACAAAGCCCCCGUACCCGUGCUCUUGAGUUUUGAGGAUACAAGUGAUGAAGUUUUGGCGGAAUGGGACAAACAAGCAUGUGCCAAUGCCAGGGUACCCAACGUUGAAAGCCUACUUCGAAUAAUUGACACAAUACCAAUUUCGACCGACCCAGACCUGCCGCGCUGCACGGAAGCAUUGGAGGGGAUGUACCCACAGAAGGUGCAGGUUGGAGAUACCGAGGCUGAACCUACCCACACUUUUAGCUUGCUUUCUUAUGUUCUUGACGAGAAAGCAUUUUGGCACCGACCGCUGAGUCCACGAGAGCCAGAUUUAUUAACCUGCAGGGAGCUCAAUCUGUUUGAAGAAUGGAAGGUCUCUACCAAGGUUGAUGGUAGUGAAGGUCCAACCAGCAGUGACCCUAUCAGGACGACAGAGGACAUCACUAAUAGAAACAAAAGGACGACAUGCAUGUCCUUAAACGAGACGGCUGACAACUGCGUUGCUUUGAAAAAAAGGGCAAGGAUGUUUCAGAACAUAGAUGAGCUGUCGAGCAAAAUUCAUCAUGAGAUGCCACACACUUUAGGAACUGUAAGCGCAUCAUCACACCAGAAAGAUCAGUCAUCAAGCGACGCUAAUCUUGGUCAGAUCCAACAAACACCGGUCCAUGGCACCUCUUCAGCUACCAACAAAGACUUCCCAUGGGACGACCCUGAUAUGGUAGCGCAGUUGAUCGAGUCUACCGAUAGGAUUGAGGAAUUGUGGUUUUCACAACAAAGACAAACUCAGUAUACCACAUCAGUUACACAAGACAUCCACAUAUCAGAGAUCAAGCCCAAUGAGAUUUGUUGCAAUUUCACCUCAAAUCCAGUCGAAAGUGCUGUUUUCAGCGACAUUGUGUCACGAAUACCACCUCAUUCAAGGCAAAAGAGCCCAAGAAUAGUACAAAUGGGCUCGACAUGGGUUGAACAUAGGGUUUUUGGCCUGAGCAUGCAAGUGUAUGGCCGGGUCAAUAAGUACGUGAUCAAUAUGUUGGGAAAAGCAGUAAUGGCCGAGCAAACCGAAAAGGAUAGGCUCAAUCUUCUCCCGCGAAGUUACUGGUCAAGAUACUAUGUCGAAUGCGACAAUGCUAAAUUAUUCCAAAAUGCAUUUGAAACUCCAUUGGCGUUAUCUGUUCACCUGAGGGAGACAAUGAUAGGAUUCCAUCUUGACCGAAUUCACAUGGUGUUUUUACCUUUAAGCUCAUACAGUUUCUGGUACACGGUUGUUGCUAACUUUAGGAAGAAAUUGUUCGAAGUCCUCUGCCCAAACAACAGAAUCGACUUGAUUGCUGACGAAGCUCAGCUUGUAAUCAAGAAUUUCAAAGCGGCUUUCAAGCUGGCAUACAAGAGAUCACAACUAAAUGUGACUGACAUGGGUGUGUCUUUCCGGAGUGUGUGCUCUUCAACUAAAGAGGCAGACAGUGGGAUCUUCACAAUGAAGUUGGUACAAGGACAUGAUGGAGACAACACUUUGUGUUUCGAACCCGAGCAUGCAAAGAGCCUGCGCGAGAGUCUAACUUACUACAUGGUUGCUCACCCUUGCAAUGAAAAACUGAUGCCAGAAACCAAAGAAAUCUUAAGAAAAUAUGGUGUUCCAUUUGACUACUCGGGUAUUCUCCAUGGGGUCCUGUUGCAGAACAAUGUUAACUACAUCUGGCUGGAAAAGAUCAUCCCAACAGGACUAAAUCACGACCCUAAGCUCCCGGAGGAUCACCCAAGGAUGGCAAAACGCCGUACACAUGAGAAUGAUUCAUCGAUAAGAGGAUUAUUUUUGGCGAAAUACUGUUUUUAUUUUAAUUUUUUUUUUGCUUUUUAGUAUAGAAAACACAUACAUUCUUAUAUAUCCUUUUUUUGGAUAGUGAUGACAUUUUUGUCCAACGCAAGUUCUUGAUCUUUUUGUUCAGAUACAAAUUAAUUGGCAACACCGUCCUGUGGGUCCUUGAGCGGAUCCCACAUUAGCUCCAAGACGCUGGUCUCUAACUAGAAAAGUAAAUGCUUGAGCUUGAGAAGCUUCUGGCCCGGUGGGUCCAUAAAACUCACUCGGAUAAGCUGUAUUAUUGAACCAUACAAAACAACAAGCGAUAAAACCAAAGACAGAUAAAGCAG